ACGUGUGUAAUGGUUUAACCUUCACAAGGGGAUUACCUAUUAGGUACAUUUUGAUUUCUAGGGAAACAGUAUUGCCAUGACAACCGGCGCAUUCGAUACACGUCAUGAAGCAAUAUGGCGGUCUGGGGACCGACUGGCACAGUUAAGAAAAAUGUUAGCUAGCUAGCCUAGCUAAGUAGUCGAUAAUUACCGAAAUACAGGAAGGAAAUACAAGUGCGUUUAUUUCGUUAUAGUCGGGUAGAACUACAGUUGACUUUUGUUUGUUGGUGGCGACAGCAGCCGGUUCAUUAAUAAGCGCGAGCAUGAAAUCCGACGUGGAAGAGUUGAUGCCAAGGCUUCUGCCUGUAGAAAUAUGCGAUACCGGAGAUUUAGAUUUGAGUGCACCCCCAAGGAAUCCCCAAGAAUACUUACGACAGGUUCAACUGGAAGCGUCCCUUUGUCCAGACGUUGUUGUCGCGCAGAUAGACCCAAAGAAACUAAAAAAGAAGCAAACUGUGAACGUUGCAUUUACAGGGUGCCAAGCUGCUCCUAUGGGGUUUUCUCCAAGCCUCAGAUGGCAACAGCAGCAAGUGAGCAACUUUUCAGAAGUCAGACAGAGUAUUAACAAACACAGACAACACUGGAAGGCCCAAGCUUUGGAUGACAAUGUGAUAAUGCCAAAGCCAGAUGAUGAGGAAGGAUGGAAGAAGUUCUGCUUAGGUGAAAAAAUUUACUACAACGCAACACCUACACAAAGAGACAGUGAUGACCCAGGGCUCGACUAUGUGAAGGUUGGAUUUCCUCCUUUUCUGAGUAUCGUGUGUAGAUUGAGUCAAGCCUCCAUUUCAGUAGUGCUGGAGUAUUUGAUAAACUGGUUUGGGGAGAGGGAAUUUGUCCCACAACUGGGGAGAUGGCUUUAUGCAUUACUAGCCUCUCUUGAGAAGCCUCUACUGCCAGAAGCCCAUUCUCUCAUACGACAGCUGGCAAGAAGAUGCUCUGAAGUGCGAGCCAACUUGGAGAAUAAAGAAGAUGAGACAUUGUCAGCGCUAAACUUGAUGAUUUGUUUGGUUGCCAGAUACUUUGAACAGAAUGAUUUGGCUGAUAAUGACUGAUUGUUUCAUGCAAAAUUUGAGAUGCUUCAAAAUGAGUACAAAUGGGUAUCACCUUAUUGACCUGGGGGAAAAAAGGUGAUGUCAAUACACUCUAAUGAAACAGCAUUUGUAUGCCUUUUGAUACCCACCUGACUCCUCUGGCUGCAAAACUGGUUUGUAUAGUUUAAGAUAGGCAAACAAUAUCCAGUUAGAUGGAUAUCACUUUUUAUAUUGUGUACA